CGAGAUGGGGAGAGUAGUACCCAGCUGCUACCCUGCCGGCACAUGAGUCUGACCUGCUGUCACUUUUCCAGUGACGCGGGCAUCCCGGUGCCGUGCUCUAAGGCAGCCCAGGCUGGUUCAGUCUGGAUUUUCUCAUAACAUUCCCACUCCAGUCCUGUCGCAAGCAAGGAAACUGAGGCUGCCCAAGGUACUGGGCCGGAGGACGGCGAGCCUGGGCCGCACCAUGGCACUCAUGGAUUGCUCAGACUGAAUACCUUGCGGGGUGAAGAGGGUCCUUUUCAUUCUGAUGCUUCUGGGACGUCGCCAUUGCCUUCUCUGGAAAGAGCCAUCCCCUCUCAGGGCUUCAGAUGCCCACAUGGAAGUGCAGUGAUGAUGUGGUGGUCCACUCUGAUGUCAAUCUUGAGGGCUAGUUCCUUUUGGAGGUGGAUAUCUGCUGAGACAAUAAGAAUUAUAAGAGCUGUGAGAGCUUAUUUUCAAAGAAUAAUGGAUGAACCAUCUCCGUUGACCAAAGCUCUAGACCUGAACCAGCAUUCCCGCUUCAUAAUUGGGUCUGUGUCUGAAGACAACUCGGAAGAUGAGAUCAGUAACCUGGUGAAGCUGGACCUACUAGAGGAGAAAGAAGGCUCUCUGUCACCAGCUUCUGUCAGCUCAGAUACGCUUUCCGACUUGGGAAUCUCUGCUUUACAGGAUGGUUUGGCCUUUCACAUGAGAUCCAGCAUGUCUGGCUUGCACCUAGUAAAACAAGGUCGAGACAGAAAGAAAAUAGACUCUCAGCGAGAUUUCACUGUGGCUUCUCCAGCAGAAUUUGUUACUCGUUUUGGGGGAAAUAAAGUGAUUGAGAAGGUUCUUAUUGCCAAUAAUGGUAUUGCAGCAGUGAAAUGCAUGAGAUCUAUUCGUCGGUGGUCUUAUGAAAUGUUUCGAAAUGAACGUGCAAUUCGAUUUGUCGUCAUGGUUACACCUGAAGACCUUAAAGCCAAUGCAGAAUACAUUAAAAUGGCAGAUCACUAUGUUCCUGUGCCUGGAGGACCAAACAACAACAAUUAUGCAAAUGUGGAAUUAAUUCUUGACAUUGCUAAAAGGAUCCCUGUACAAGCAGUGUGGGCUGGCUGGGGUCAUGCCUCUGAGAACCCCAAGCUUCCAGAGCUUCUCUUAAAAAAUGGCAUCGCUUUCAUGGGCCCUCCAAGCCAGGCUAUGUGGGCUUUGGGAGAUAAGAUUGCAUCGUCUAUUGUGGCUCAAACUGCAGGCAUCCCAACUCUUCCCUGGAGUGGCAGCGGUCUUCGUGUGGAUUGGCAAGAAAAUGAUUUUUCGAAGCGCAUCUUAAAUGUUCCACAGGAUCUGUAUGAGAAAGGCUAUGUGAAGGAUGUGGAUGAUGGACUGAGGGCAGCUGAGGAAGUUGGUUAUCCAGUGAUGAUCAAGGCCUCAGAAGGAGGAGGAGGAAAGGGAAUCAGAAAAGUUAACAAUGCAGAUGACUUCCCUAAUCUCUUCAGACAGGUUCAAGCUGAAGUACCUGGAUCACCUAUAUUUGUAAUGAGACUAGCAAAACAAUCUCGUCAUCUGGAGGUCCAGAUUCUAGCAGAUCAGUACGGCAAUGCCAUUUCUUUGUUUGGUCGUGACUGCUCUGUACAGCGCAGACAUCAGAAGAUCAUUGAAGAAGCUCCUGCUGCUAUUGCUACCCCAGCAGUAUUUGAACAUAUGGAACAGUGUGCAGUAAAACUUGCCAAAAUGGUUGGUUAUGUGAGUGCUGGUACUGUGGAAUACUUAUACAGCCAGGAUGGAAGCUUCUACUUUUUGGAACUGAACCCACGGCUGCAGGUUGAACAUCCUUGUACAGAGAUGGUGGCUGAUGUCAAUCUUCCUGCAGCACAGCUUCAGAUUGCCAUGGGGAUCCCUCUAUUUAGGAUCAAAGAUAUUCGUAUGAUGUAUGGAGUAUCUCCUUGGGGUGAUGCUCCCAUUGAUUUUGAAAAUUCUGCUCAUGUUCCUUGCCCAAGGGGCCAUGUAAUUGCUGCUCGGAUCACCAGUGAAAACCCAGAUGAGGGGUUUAAGCCCAGCUCGGGAACAGUUCAGGAACUUAAUUUUCGAAGCAAUAAGAACGUUUGGGGUUAUUUCAGUGUUGCUGCUGCUGGGGGACUUCAUGAGUUUGCUGACUCCCAGUUCGGUCACUGCUUUUCCUGGGGAGAAAAUAGAGAAGAAGCAAUUUCAAAUAUGGUGGUGGCAUUGAAGGAGCUGUCUAUUCGGGGUGACUUUCGAACUACAGUUGAGUACCUUAUUAAACUACUGGAGACAGAAAGCUUUCAGUUGAAUAGAAUUGACACUGGCUGGCUGGACAGACUGAUUGCAGAAAAAGUGCAGGCAGAACGUCCUGAUACCAUGUUGGGAGUUGUAUGUGGGGCUCUCCAUGUGGCAGAUGUGAGCCUGAGGAAUAGUGUCUCUAACUUCCUUCAUUCCUUAGAAAGGGGUCAAGUCCUUCCUGCUCACACACUUCUGAACACAGUAGAUGUUGAACUUAUCUAUGAAGGAAUCAAAUAUGUACUUAAGGUGACUCGACAGUCUCCCAACUCUUAUGUGGUGAUCAUGAAUGGCUCAUGUGUAGAAGUUGACGUGCAUCGGCUGAGUGAUGGUGGACUGCUCUUAUCUUAUGAUGGCAGCAGUUAUACCACUUACAUGAAGGAGGAAGUGGAUAGAUACCGAAUCACAAUUGGCAAUAAAACCUGUGUGUUCGAGAAAGAAAAUGACCCAUCUGUAAUGCGCUCACCUUCUGCUGGGAAGUUAAUCCAGUAUAUCGUGGAAGAUGGAGGCCACGUGUUUGCUGGCCAGUGCUAUGCUGAGAUUGAGGUAAUGAAGAUGGUGAUGACUUUAACAGCCGUAGAAUCUGGGUGCAUCCAUUAUGUCAAGCGAUCUGGGGCAGCUCUUGACCCUGGCUGUGUGAUAGCCAAAAUGCAGCUGGACAACCCCAGUAAAGUCCAACAGGCUGAACUUCACACAGGUAGCCUGCCACAGAUCCAGAGCACAGCUCUCAGAGGCGAGAAGCUCCAUCGAGUGUUCCACUAUGUCCUAGAUAACCUAGUUAAUGUGAUGAGUGGAUACUGCCUUCCAGAUCCUUUCUUCAGCAGCAGGGUAAAAGACUGGGUAGAACGAUUGAUGAAGACUCUCAGAGAUCCCUCCCUGCCUCUUUUAGAGUUGCAGGAUAUCAUGACCAGUGUUUCUGGCCGUAUCCCCCUCAAUGUGGAGAAGUCUAUUAAGAAGGAAAUGGCUCAGUAUGCUAGCAACAUCACAUCAGUUCUCUGUCAGUUUCCCAGCCAGCAGAUUGCCAACAUCUUAGAUAGUCAUGCAGCUACACUAAACCGGAAAUCUGAGCGGGAAGUCUUCUUCAUGAACACCCAGAGCAUUGUCCAGCUGGUGCAGAGGUACCGAAGUGGCAUCCGUGGCCACAUGAAGGCUGUGGUGAUGGAUCUGCUCCGACAGUACCUGCGUGUAGAAACACAGUUUCAGAAUGGCCACUACGACAAAUGUGUGUUUGCCCUUCGAGAAGAGAACAAAAGUGACAUGAACACUGUACUGAACUACAUCUUCUCCCACGCUCAGGUCACCAAAAAGAAUCUUCUGGUCACAAUGCUUAUUGAUCAGUUGUGUGGACGGGACCCUACACUUACAGAUGAGCUGCUAAAUAUCCUCACAGACCUAACUCAACUCAGCAAGACCACCAAUGCUAAAGUGGCGCUGCGGGCUCGUCAGGUUCUUAUUGCUUCCCAUUUGCCAUCAUAUGAGCUCCGCCAUAACCAAGUAGAGUCUAUCUUCUUAUCAGCCAUUGACAUGUAUGGACACCAGUUUUGCAUUGAGAAUCUGCAGAAACUCAUCCUUUCGGAAACAUCUAUUUUCGAUGUCCUACCAAACUUUUUUUACCACAGCAACCAGGUGGUGAGGAUGGCAGCUCUGGAGGUAUAUGUUCGAAGGGCUUAUAUUGCCUAUGAACUUAACAGCGUACAACACCGCCAGCUUAAGGACAACACCUGCGUGGUGGAAUUUCAGUUCAUGCUGCCCACAUCUCAUCCAAACAGAGGGAACAUCCCCACGCUAAACAGAAUGUCCUUUGCCUCCAACCUCAACCACUAUGGCAUGACUCAUGUAGCUAGUGUCAGUGAUGUUCUGCUGGACAACUCGUUCACUCCACCUUGUCAGCGAAUGGGCGGAAUGGUCUCUUUCCGGACCUUUGAGGAUUUUGUCAGGAUCUUUGAUGAAAUAAUGGGCUGCUUCUGUGACUCCCCACCCCAAAGUCCCACAUUCCCAGAGUCUGGUCAUACAUCGCUCUAUGAUGAGGACAAGGUCCCCAGGGACGAACCAAUACACAUUCUGAAUGUGGCUAUCAAGACUGAUGGUGAUAUUGAAGAUGACAAGCUUGCAGCUAUGUUCAGAGAGUUCACCCAGCAAAAUAAAGCUACUCUGGUUGAGCAUGGGAUCAGACGACUUACGUUCCUGGUUGCACAAAAGGAUUUCAGAAAACAAGUCAACUAUGAGGUGGAUCAGAGAUUUCAUAGAGAAUUUCCCAAAUUUUUCACAUUCCGAGCAAGGGAUAAGUUUGAGGAGGACCGCAUUUAUCGUCACCUUGAGCCUGCUCUGGCUUUCCAAUUGGAGCUGAACCGGAUGAGAAAUUUUGACCUCACUGCCAUUCCAUGUGCUAAUCACAAGAUGCACUUGUAUCUUGGAGCAGCUAAGGUGGAAGUGGGCACAGAAGUAACUGACUACAGGUUCUUUGUCCGUGCAAUCAUCAGGCAUUCUGAUCUGGUCACAAAGGAAGCUUCUUUUGAGUAUCUACAAAAUGAAGGGGAGCGGCUGCUCCUGGAAGCCAUGGAUGAAUUGGAAGUUGCUUUUAAUAAUACAAAUGUCCGCACUGACUGUAACCACAUCUUCCUCAACUUUGUGCCCACAGUCAUCAUGGACCCAUCAAAGAUUGAAGAAUCUGUGCGGAGCAUGGUAAUGCGCUAUGGAAGUCGGCUGUGGAAAUUGCGCGUCCUCCAGGCAGAACUGAAAAUCAACAUUCGCCUGACAACAACUGGAAAAGCAAUUCCUAUCCGCCUCUUCCUGACAAAUGAGUCUGGCUAUUACUUGGACAUCAGCCUGUAUAAGGAAGUGACUGACUCCAGGACAGCACAGAUCAUGUUUCAGGCAUAUGGAGACAAGCAGGGACCACUGCACGGAAUGUUAAUCAAUACUCCAUAUGUGACCAAAGACCUUCUUCAGUCAAAGAGAUUUCAGGCACAGUCCUUAGGAACAACGUAUAUAUAUGAUAUCCCAGAAAUGUUUCGACAGUCGCUCAUCAAACUCUGGGAGUCUAUGUCCACUCAAGCAUUCCUUCCCUCACCCCCUCUACCUUCUGACAUGCUGACAUACACUGAGCUGGUGUUGGAUGAUCAAGGCCAGUUGGUCCAUAUGAACAGGCUUCCAGGAGGAAAUGAGAUUGGCAUGGUAGCUUGGAAAAUGAGCCUUAAAAGCCCUGAAUAUCCAGAUGGCCGAGAUAUCAUCGUCAUUGGCAAUGACAUUACAUAUCGGAUUGGGUCUUUUGGGCCUCAAGAGGAUUUGCUGUUUCUUAGAGCUUCUGAACUUGCCAGGGCAGAAGGUAUUCCACGCAUCUAUGUGGCAGCCAACAGUGGAGCUAGAAUUGGACUGGCAGAAGAAAUCCGUCAUAUGUUCCAUGUGGCCUGGGUAGAUCCAGAGGAUCCCUACAAGGGUUACAAGUAUUUAUAUCUGACACCCCAGGAUUAUAAAAGAGUCAGUGCUCUGAAUUCUGUCCACUGUGAACAUGUAGAGGAUGAAGGCGAAUCCAGGUAUAAGAUAACUGAUAUUAUUGGGAAAGAAGAAGGACUUGGAGCAGAGAACCUUCGGGGUUCUGGAAUGAUUGCUGGAGAAUCCUCAUUGGCUUAUGAUGAGAUCAUCACCAUCAGCCUGGUUACAUGCCGGGCCAUUGGUAUCGGGGCUUACCUUGUCCGACUGGGACAAAGAACAAUCCAGGUUGAGAAUUCUCACUUAAUUCUGACAGGAGCUGGUGCCCUCAACAAAGUCCUUGGUCGGGAAGUGUAUACCUCCAACAAUCAGCUUGGGGGCAUCCAGAUCAUGCACAACAACGGGGUCACCCACUCUACUGUUUGUGAUGACUUUGAGGGGGUUUUCACAGUCUUACAAUGGCUGUCAUACAUGCCCAAGAGCGUGCAUAGUUCAGUUCCUCUCCUGAAUUCCAAGGAUCCUAUAGAUAGAAUCAUCGAGUUCGUUCCCACAAAGGCCCCAUAUGAUCCUCGGUGGAUGCUGGCAGGCCGUCCUCACCCAACCCAGAAAGGCCAAUGGUUGAGUGGAUUUUUUGACUAUGGAUCUUUCUCAGAGAUUAUGCAACCUUGGGCACAGACUGUGGUGGUUGGUAGAGCCAGGUUAGGGGGAAUACCUGUGGGAGUAGUUGCUGUAGAAACCCGAACCGUGGAACUCAGUAUUCCAGCUGAUCCUGCAAACCUUGAUUCUGAAGCCAAGAUAAUUCAGCAGGCUGGCCAAGUUUGGUUCCCAGACUCUGCAUUUAAGACCUAUCAGGCUAUCAAGGACUUCAACCGUGAAGGGCUACCUCUAAUGGUCUUUGCCAACUGGAGAGGCUUCUCUGGUGGGAUGAAAGAUAUGUAUGACCAAGUGCUCAAGUUUGGUGCUUACAUUGUGGAUGGUUUGCGAGAAUGUUCCCAGCCUGUUAUGGUUUACAUUCCUCCCCAAGCUGAGCUACGGGGUGGUUCUUGGGUUGUGAUUGACCCUACCAUCAACCCUCGGCACAUGGAGAUGUAUGCUGACCGAGAAAGCAGGGGAUCUGUUCUGGAACCAGAAGGGACAGUAGAAAUCAAAUUCCGCAAAAAGGAUUUGGUGAAAACCAUGCGUCGGGUAGAUCCAGUCUACAUCCACUUGGCUGAGCGAUUGGGCACCCCAGAGCUAAGCCCCACUGAGCGGAAGGAACUGGAGAACAAGUUGAAGGAACGGGAGGAGUUCCUAAUUCCCAUUUACCAUCAGGUAGCUGUGCAGUUUGCUGACUUGCACGACACACCAGGCCGGAUGCAGGAGAAGGGUGUUAUUAAUGACAUCUUAGAUUGGAAAACAUCCCGUACCUUCUUCUACUGGCGGCUGAGGCGUCUCCUGCUGGAGGACUUGGUCAAGAAGAAAAUCCACAAUGCCAACCCUGAAUUGACUGACGGUCAGAUCCAGGCCAUGUUGAGACGCUGGUUUGUAGAAGUGGAAGGCACAGUAAAGGCUUACGUUUGGGACAAUAAUAAGGACCUGGUGGAGUGGCUGGAGAAGCAACUGACAGAGGAAGAUGGUGUCCGCUCAGUAAUAGAGGAGAACAUCAAAUACAUCAGCAGGGACUACGUCCUCAAGCAGAUCCGCAGCUUGGUACAGGCCAAUCCAGAAGUUGCCAUGGAUUCCAUCGUCCAUAUGACCCAGCACAUUUCACCCACUCAGCGAGCAGAAGUUGUAAGGAUCCUCUCCACCAUGGAUUCCCCUUCCACGUAGGAGAUGCUUCUCACCCAUUCCUGCCCUGUCUCUGGAGAAGAGAGCUAGGGCUGCCUCUUACCUCUGAAACCACUGUAAUGAGAAGGCACCGGACGCCCGGUACUGGAGUCAGAGUGGCAUUUGCUUCCCCUUGAAUGUGUCAGGUUCUGCAUGACAUCCUGGGCUGUAGGAUCACAAAGCCCAGUCACACAUACCCAGUUCAGUAUUUGUUAGCCCAGCUCUGCUGACAGUCCUCUUUCCAUGCACAGGACUAGAAGGCAAUGAAGGGUACAUGCCUGUACCAUGAGGUCUUACUAGACUAAAAGCAGGACCGCCUCCUGUCCUGCCCACCCCAGCACAGGGCUGUGGGGACAGUGUCCAAGCGUCUGUAGCCCCUGCCCAAUGAGCCAUAGCUGCAGCCGCAGGCAGCAGGGGAGGGCUGGGGCUGAGGAUGGAGGAGACUCAAGUCCAUCCAUCACUGCCCCAUGUGCAGCCUGGCACACACCAGGCACUGGAGAGGAACAAUCCCCAUUUAACUAUACCAAGAUACCUAUUUAUGAGAGAUGAGGGCAAAACCAUGAUUUAAGAGGCAGGCUGAAAAGCAGAUCAAGUCAUUUUUGCAAUUAAAACACUCUCAACCUUGAGUGACUUCUCAGUACACCUGGAGAGAUGGCCAACCUGCCACCACUUUGCUUAUAUACCCAGGAGCUAAAGGCCAAUGCCAUCACCUCUGUGUGGGUGUUUGGAGGCGGGCAAUGCAGAGCCUGAGGUGGUGAGCUCAAAGGAGACUGUCUUUCCUAUCAGAGACUAGUCCGAGACAGAAGUCUCUUCUGAGGACUGGAAAGAUUGUCAUUGUGGGGCCAUGCCUGCAAAGUUACUCAUCCCUAUUCCUGGCAGAAAGUAUGGCAGGUCCACCUUGAUGACAGCUGGGCUUUCAGCACCAGACACUGGCCUUCCUGGUGUGAGAAAGCAUCCAGGGAACAAGAAUUCACCUACCCCUAAGAUUCCUUACAGUUCAGUCAUGGUGCUGGUAUUUCCAGACUUUCUGGGUUCUCCAUGGCCGGCAACAGGGCCUCCUCAGAGGUGAGCUGCAGAGCUUAACAACCCAUUUAUCCAAGAAAGGAGCCUCGGUGUUCCCACUACAAGAGUGGAGAUGGUCAGCGCUGUAGCCUCCCGUGCCUGCAGUAUGACUAAUGUUUCUCACUGGAGACUCAGGAGGAAAUCACUAAGAUGCCCCAGAAACCAUUGGCAUGAAUACUUCAGUCUGAGCCUUAACCCUGGAUUCUACAGAAAGAGCUGGCCUCCUCUUCAGGAACAUCUCGUUCUGAUAUUCCAGAGGACUUCUCAUCAGCUCUACAUCACAAGAUUGCAAGUGGACAUCUGGGGGACUGGAUGCAAACUGUUCUGCCCCCACGAGCCCUGGUGGAAGGAACAGGCAGGCAGGAGCAGGUGGAGAGCAUCCUUAGUCCAGAAGAAAGCUUCCCUGGCCCCUGGUUCUCUGCUUACCUGCUGGGUAAGGAUGGGAUUUGUCUCCAGCCUCCGCAUCGCUCCAGCACAUCCAGUCCCACACAUCACUGGUGGUAUGAAAGUUUUACCCUCCUGGAGGCCUGUCCUGGCAUUUCUUCAGAGGUGAGAUGGGCUGUGUUUCUAACUCCCCUUCCCUGCUGCCCCAUCCCCAGGACAGGGGCUUUUCAUAUGGAGAAGUCAGAACCACAACACAUGAGCAAUCUGAUGGUCCCACAGCCCAUUACACAUGCAAGGUUACUGAGGGAGGAGGAUGAAUGAUAUAUUGACCUAGACUUGCUUGAACUGAGAUUGCCAUAUUAUCUGUUCACUUCGUUCACAAAGCAGCCUUCACUCGUGUCAGUGAGAAUUCGAUGGACACACACGCCAACGAGCAAGGGGCUUCAGUCCAAUGCACUCUUUUCACAUUUUGUUGAAAUAAACCUCCACAUUUGUAGAAGAA